AUGAAGACGCCCGUGAUGUCGCUCCUCGCCCUCGCCUCGACCGUGGCCGCGACGCAAGUGAGCGUCUGCCGUGACGCCACGUAUGACAUUGCCGGCGCGAUCUGCGCGGGCGCCGGGCCGGCGCCGACCGGCAUUGCGUGCCCGUUGAAGGGCACAGCGGCCAAGAAGGACUGCCACCCGUACCUGCCCUCGUACGACGCGGCGACGCAGACCUGCAUUGCCAAGGAGGACGCCAAGUGCGUGAAGCUCGCGAGCGGGGCCUGGGGCUGCGCGUUCCCGUCCAUGCCGUGCGGCCCAUCGACGCCGCAGUGCGACACGAUCUCGGUGCCGACGACGUGCGCGUCGUGGGACUAUAGCGAGGCCGAGACGCCGAGCGAAAUCAACUUUGACAUUUCGGGCGCGCCAGCGUCGUGGUUUGUCGCAACGGGCCCGCUGCCCGACUACCAGGUUGGCUGCCUCGAUGGGUCGCCCGUGCAGCCGUUGAACCCGCCGACACCGAAGCCGUCGAUCCCCACGCCGGCUCCGUCGGUGCCCACGCCGGCUCCGUCGGUGCCCACGCCGGCUCCCAUCGGUGCCCACGCCGGCUCCCACACCCAUGCCGACCCCCGAAGCGAGUACGCCGUGCCCUGCUACAACGACUCCGGCCCCGACGACCCAAACUCCUUGCCCAACCUCGGUGACGCCCAGUUCGAGCACUCCGAGCCCAACGCCCGCUGGUAG